AUGGAGUCAAAUAUGGGGCACCAGAAAGCCAAGGCGAUGAAGAGGCAAAUGGUGGAACUAUAUGACCACGACAAUGAAAUCGACAGGCUGUACAGGUUCAAAGUCCUAUUACCAAAUGGGACAAGUAUAGGACUAACAGUAACGGACCCUGGCCCUGAAAUGCCCUUCAGGGACUUUAUUGGUUUGGUGAGAGAUGAAUACUUUCGAGCUAGGAAUCAGUAUGAACAAAUAAAGCAGAAAAAACAUAUAUAUUGGAACAGUAAUCGCAUUUAUCUUGAGGAUGUGAACAGUCGCAAGAUGAGCAGCAUUAUUAAAUUCCAUAAUUUCAAGCCCCAUAAGUGUCACAUUUUACAACUUCAUGAUGGCUAUGGUGAUAUUGCUAAUACUUUCAAGAAUAUGUGGGACCUGACACCAGACACUGAUAUGUUAAAGGAGCUACCAGAGGAAUACACUUUUGAAACUGCACUUGCAGAUUUGAUUGAUAAUUCCUUGCAAGCUGUAUGGUCUAACAGUCAAAAAGAUAGAAGACGGAUCAGCGUGAAUAUUGUUGAGGAUGGGAUUUCUAUUUUUGACACCGGUCCUGGAAUGGACGGCAGUGAUGAAAACUCUAUAGUGAAGUGGGGAAAGAUUGGCUCCUCGCUUCAUAGAUCAUCUAAAGGACAGGCAAUAGGGGGAAGACCUCCAUACCUAAGGCCUUUCUUUGGCAUGUUUGGAUAUGGAGGACCCAUUGCAUCUAUGCAUCUAGGGAGGCGUGCUUUAGUAUCUUCCAAGACAAAAAGUUCUAGGAAAGUCUAUACAUUAUAUCUUGAAAGAGAGGCCUUACUCAGCAGUUCUUGUUCUGAACUUUCUUGGAAGACUGAUGGUGGCAUGAGGGAUCCCUCAGAAGAGGAAGUUGGGCAAUCACCUCACGGGAGCUUUACUAAGGUUGAGAUUUUUAAGCCAAAAAUAAAUAGGUUGAACAUACUUCAACUCCAAUGCAAGCUGAAAGACAUCUAUUUUCCAUACAUUCAGUGUGAUGAAGUGUCCAACUCAGUGAAGACUGUUACACCAAUAGAGUUUCAGGUUAAUGGUGUUAAUUUAGCUGAAAUUGAAGGUGGGGAGGUUGCAAUAACCAACUUGCAUUCUUGCAAUGGUCCUGAGUUUGUUUUUCAGCUUCGUUUUUUCUUUAAGCGAGCCAGUGCUACAUUAAACAGUCCAGGUUCAAGAGCAUGUCAAGAAGCUAAUGCACGCCUGAAAUGUGUCUAUCUUCCAGUUGUUAAGGGCAAAGAGAGUAUUGAGAUGAUUUUGGAGAAACUAGAAGCUGAAGGAUGCAGUAUCAUGGAAAACUAUGAAACCUUUAGUCGUGUCUCUAUUCGACGGCUUGGUCGCCUACUUCCAGAUGCUCGUUGGGCAUGGCUUCCUUUUAUGGAAUCUACCCACAAAAAGGGAGAUAGGGCCCACUUACUGAGAAGAUGUUGCUUGAGGGUUAAAUGCUUUAUUGAGACUGAUACCGGUUUCAAUCCAACACCUUCUAAGACUGAUCUAGCUCACCACAAUCCUUUUACCACUGCUCUAAAGAACUUUGGGAAUAAGCUCCUUGAAAAAGAAAAGGAUGUCAAUGUUGAAAUAUAUAGAGACCAAAAACUGUUGACUCCUUUGCAACUGGAGAGAGAGUAUCAUGAUUGGAUUCUUCAGAUGCAUGGUCAAUACGAUCAAGAAACUGAAGGUGGCAACGAUGAACCUGUUAUUGUUGUCAGCCCUGCAAACAAAAAGGCUCUUGGCAUUUCAUCUGAUGUCAUUAGAUUGCAUCGAGUAUUGAAGAGGAAAGAAGUAUUAUGGAAAUCCGGUCAGAAAAUAAAAAUACUCAAGGGUGCAUGUGCUGGAUGCCAUAAGAACAAUGUCUAUGCAGAACUGGAAUACUUCCUGCUUGAAGGAUGUCAAGGGGAUGCUGGUGGUGAUGCUCGAAUCAUAUGCAAGAAACUAGGCCUCCCAGAUGACCAUGGCUGCGCCCUUGUAGUGAAUGAUGGGGAUGUCAAUUUUGAUAUUCGUGGCUCUUUAUCCCUGCCUAUUAAUGUGAUUGAUUCUGGAAAGUGUGUAGUUAUUGAAAAUAUCGACUGGGAUUACCAACUUGAUAAGCAACAUCAGAAAUCUCCUUCAACAAUUGAUUUGCUCAGUGUAAAACAAUGCCAAGAGCUGGAGGUUGAUGGGGCACUACCUGUUGAUGGUCCAGUUCAAGCUGGGCAAGUUCCUCCUAAAGAAAUUGUGGCAGUUGUGCGGCCAGCCAAUUUCGUUUCUUCUGGUACUUCCAAGAACUUGGACCAGAGGUAUAUUGUUAAGGGUAAUUUAGAGAUGUCUAUGGAAGUUAAAUUCAGAAAAGAAGCCGAGGAUCUUCAAGAUUGUCACCAUAUUUAUUCAGUGCGCGUAACUCCUUCAUCACGGAAAGGAUUUCACGGUUUAUACAUCUUUCCACUGGGGUGCAAGUUUCCAGAAUUAUUUCGAAAAGCUGGUGUUUAUAUGUUUUCAUUCUCUCUUAAAGACUCAACUUGUAAUAAUUGUGGCAAAAGAGUGCUAGUUAAGGCAUCCCCUAUGGUGGGGAGGUGGGAUCUCUUGAGUGAUGAGCAGAGUACCCCAUAUAGCGUGAGGGUUGGUUCGUGUUUUCCACCACUCUAUUUGGCGUGUUAUGACACUCAUGACAAUCGAAUUCCAUUUAAAUCUACUCCAGAAGUAACGAUCAAACUUCAGACAAUCAAGGGUGUCCUUUUCCAUGUAGGGAAGAUGAAGACUGGACUUUCACCCAAUAAAUUUACUCUAGAGGUUAAGGAUUUACUGAUUGAAUGCAACGAGUUAGACAAGAUCCGACCAAAUUAUAAAGUGACUUUGGUGAUAUGUUCACAGGAUGAAUUAUUCUCAGUCUCAAUUCCAUGUCAAGUUACUCCUGGAUCUUUACAGCUUGUCAAGGCCCAGCCACCAAUAUUUGAAAACCAACUACUUCCAGGUUGUGUGGCUAAGGAGUUCAUAUUAGAGAUGUUUGAUGCAUAUGGUAAUCAUGUCUCACAAGGCUUGGAAGUUCAAUUGGAUGUGGAAGGAUUUCAUAUACUAAAUCAAAUAGGUUCAAAGCAUAAGGUAGACAAUAGUGGAUGCAUCAACCUUGGUGGCCUCUUGAAAGUAACUGCAGGUUAUGGAAGUAAAGUUUCGUUUUCUGUUUUGUCUAGCCAUGAAGUUAUUUUCAAGAAAGAGUUUCAAACUGAAAAAAGGGAGCUGCGGCUUGCAUCAAGGGUACCUGAGUUUUGUACUGCUGGAACUGAAUUGGAAAAUGUCGUUUUUGAAGUCGUCAACUCAACGGGUGAUGUUGAUGAGGAUAUUCAUGAUGAAAAGAAGUAUGGGAAAUUUCACACUCUCACUAUAAAGUCAGAGUUUUUCAAUACGGAGGAUUCUAUCCAGUAUAUUUUCAAACAUGGGCGCUGCAAUGUUCCUGCUAUUCCUCUCCCUCAAAGCAAAGGGAUUUUUUGCUUUGAAGCAUCUCACUCUUGUCACCCAGAGCUACAUCAGACCGUUAAGGUAUCUCUUGUGCAAACUCCAAAAGUGAAAUAUGAUGAGAUUCAUUCUCCAUAUUCAAAUGGGAAGGUCUUGCUCCUUCAGGACUCACCUUCUACAAAACAACUAGAAAAUUUUAUGGUAUCCAUGAUUACUAUUGAGAAGAAACUUCAGGAUGAAAUACUCCAAAUUGGUGUACACAUUGGAGAUCUGGAGAAUGCUCUGGAUAUUUAUAACAAUGAGAAGGCAGAAAUAGAGCAAGACAUUUCUCGGUUGCAAGCUUUUGUCGAACCUUGUCCACUGAACAAACCAAACUAUAUUCCCACAAAAGAGGAACUGAUAAAUCGGAUAGAAAGCACGAAUCACUCUGCAGCUGCUGUCAUCUGUAGUCUUUCUAAAGAAUCCUCCUUCCAAGAGCAACAAAAUUAUUUCAUGAAAGAUGUAGUUGGCCUAGUUGCACUUCUGGGUACAGUUCGCAUCAAUAAGCUUAGCAGGAUAUUAGCAGAGUACUUGGGCGAAGAUCAAAUGCUUGCUGUUGUCUGUAGAUCCUUUGCAGCUGCAAGCGCUCUUGAGAAGUAUGAACAAAAUGGAGAAGUGCAUUGUAGACACGCUCUUCAUGGAGAAGCAGCUGCCCUUGGAAAAUCUAUAAAAGGCCGAUUUCUCGUUGUAUGCCUUGAAGAUAUAAGGCCUUACACGGGGGAAUUUGAAGGUAGCGACCCUCAGAGGAAGCUGGCCUUGCCGCAUCCUACCUUUCCAAGUGGGAAUGUGCCAAGAGGUUUCAUUGGGUUUGCAGUUAAUAUGAUUGACUUGGACAUUGAUUUUCUAUGCACAAGAACUGCUGCAGGCCAUGGUCUUCGGGAAACAUUAUUCUACUGUCUUCUAGGAGAGGUUCAAGUAUAUGAAACCUGGGAAUACAUGUUAGAAGCCCGCCAUUGUAUAAAGCAUGGUGCUGUGUCUCUGGAUGGUGGGAUUUUAAGAGACAAUGGAGUUGUUUCUCUCGGAUUUGGGAAUCCUCUGAUAUGUUUUCCAGUUGUCAAGCCGGAAAGUGUGUCCUCAGCAGAAAGUGUGGAGAUCAUAAAGCAGAUGGAAAAAAGUAAGUCAGAUUUGAGGGGAAUCAUCGAUUCUAUAGCAAAGUUGACUAGAUCCCAUGAAAAAUAUCUCAAGAGGUUCCAGAAGAAGAAAGAGGAGUAUAACAAGCUCAUGGAUAAUAUGGAACCUGUGGUUGAAGACUACCAUCUGGAAUAUAGACCCAGCAUAGAGAACAACUCAGAUGCCUCGCUCUGCUGAUGUGCUUUGUUCUUGUUACUUUAUAAAUGGCGGUGCAGUAAAUUCUUCAAAGGCUUGUAAAUGUCCAUAGUAUAUAGGUUGAUGCAUGGGGGAUAAAAUAAUUGCUGAUUACAAAAAAAAAACUGACUUAUUACCUCAAAGGUACCAGAAUAGGGAGAAAAAUGUACAGCUACCAAAGCUUUAGAACUCAUCUGACCUUUGUAUGAAUUUUGAUCUGUCCUUCACAUUUAAUGUUAACAAAUGACAAAGACUUAUUUUGAGAGAA